AUGCCCAAGCUGCACAUUGGCAGCAGCAGAGACAAGGAUGGCCGCAAAGAGAGCCGCUCGGAAAUCUCGGCCAACAAUCGCGCUCGCGACGAGGAAAAGAGUAGGCUGCUUGCCUGGGAAGCACAGAAGCAACCCUUGGAGUACGAUCAGAUCCUGGUAGAGCCCAACUCGAAGCCUGUCGGGCACAGCUCAAAGGUCUUACGACGUGAAGACUUCGAUCUUGUCAAGACUCUCGGCACCGGCACAUUUGCAAGAGUCUGGCUCGCGAACCUGGUUACUCCGAAGAAAGAAGAUGCCGAGAAGGUCUUUGCAUUGAAGAUACUGCGCAAGACCGAUGUCAUUCGCUUGAAGCAAGUCGAACACGUUCGCAACGAGCGCAACGUCUUGGCCUCUGUGGCAGGACACCCGUUCAUCACUACAAUGGUGGCCAGCUUCCAAGAUCAAGACACCCUAUACAUGCUGUUGGAAUAUUGCCCUGGUGGUGAGGUUUUUAGCUAUUUGCGCCGCGCCCGCCGUUUCAACGAAUCCACGUCACAGUUCUACGCCGCCGAAAUCGUUCUUAUCCUCGAGUUCCUACACGACCACCAAGGUGUUGCAUACCGCGAUCUCAAACCUGAGAACAUUUUGAUUGACGCAGACGGUCACCUCAAACUGGUGGACUUUGGAUUUGCGAAGAAAGUCGAAAACAAGACAUACACGUUGUGCGGAACGCCAGAAUAUCUCGCGCCAGAGGUCAUCCGAAACACUGGACAUGGCUUAGCUGUUGACUGGUGGGCUUUGGGUAUCCUCAUUUACGAAUUCCUGGUCGGCCAACCGCCAUUCUGGGACCAAAACCCUAUGAAAAUCUACGAACAAAUCGUGGAAGGUAAACUCCGGUUUCCAUCUGCAAUGUCCGCAGAGGCUCGCGACCUCAUUUCACAACUCUGUGCCGUGGAUGUAACGAAACGUUUGGGAAACAUUAAAGGUGGCGCAUCGGCCAUCAAAGGACACCCUUGGUUCAAGGACAUCGACUGGGAUGCCAUGUAUCACCGCAAGAUGCAGGGCCCUAUCGUACCACAUCUAAGAAGUCCCUCGGACACGCGAAAUUUCGACGAGUACGACCCGGAACCUCUACACAAGGACCAAUACACGAAAGAAAUGAAAGAGAAGUACGAGAGUGCUUUCAAGGACUUCUGA